CCCUACUCUUCUUACAAUUUUCUUUGAUCCUCUCUUUCUUCAACUUUCUCCUAUACCCUUAAGCUUCUUUUUCAAUUCUUCUUCUCCUUCCUUGUCUAGUUUCUUCUCAUUUUUAUAAAACAAAAAGGUAGUCUUCCCUUUUAAAGAUCUUUCUUUAAAGUCUAUACAAUGAGUGAUUCUUCUUCUCAAUACAUCCACAUGGUGCAUCACUUAAUUGAGGAGUGUCUGUUAUUCAACAUGAGCAGAGAGGAAUGCAUGAAAGCACUCUCCAAACAUGCAAAUAUACAGCCAGUUAUCACUUCCACGGUGUGGAAGGAGUUGGAGAAGGAGAACAAAGAGUUCUUUGAGGCGUACAAGAAACGGAGGGAAGAAGGAUCAUCGACAAGUACAGAAUCCCAAAUGGAGAUAACAACACAAAGAAUUCACAAUAUACUGUUGGAGUCAUCUUAUAAAGAUAUCAACGAAAACCACAGCACUUAGCUGAUAACUACUAAUAGUAUAAUGAAACUUCUAAAUUAUUGAUAUAUGUAAUUUAAUAUGUUUUAGAAUAUUAGUAUUUGUUUUUAGACUGUUAAUCUCAAUUAUUAUAAGCAGUCUUGUAAUAUUUUUGUAUAAUAAUAAAUUAACUUGAAAGGGUCAA